AUGGCAUCGCCGCUGUCCCCAGCGAAACCCUCAUCCCUGAACAUCGCUACACCGCCCACAACCCGUCGCUACGACCAGUCACGGUACGAGGUUCAGGCCUACACGGAGCAAUCCACCACGACUGCCACCACAACCACAACCGCAGCCCCCUCUACAUCCUCCCCCAGCGGCAUCGACAUCGACGCCUCCAGCUCGAGCACUCGUCACGCCACGGCUGCCGUCGAAGACAGCCCCCUGCAGCAAAAGCAGCAGCACAAGCAGCAGCUCAAGUUUGGGAAGGAGAACAACAUGUCACCUCCCAAGCAGCGCCAUUCGCGCAUCAUGUCUGGGAACGAACUCUCCCCCCUCAAAAUCCUCACCACGGGCGAGCCGAACCCCGAGCGCCAGUUCUCCCCAGCCCGCGGCUCCCGCAAGAGCCUCAUGUCCCCCGACAAGCGGUUCCCCGUACGGGUCAGCAACCCCAUCAGCGAGACAGCCGACAAGAGCCCAAGUGAUGCCGCCGGCGAACGCCCAGACAUGCGGGAGCGCACCAUGAGCCUCGAUGACGCCCUGCGAAGCAACAAGGGUCUCAGCCACGCCAUUGACAUUUUUGAGGAUGACACCGUCGACGACUUUGGUCGGGCGCACGACACGUCGCCCGACGCGACCGACCGCCUCGACAGGGACGACCACGGCGACGACACGGAAGUCCAUCACGAGGUGACCUACGACGACUCGGUUGGCCCUGACGAUACCAUGACGAGCACCUUCAGUGCCUUUUCCGCCGUGCCCAACCUGACGACCUUUGCGCGGCUGGGCAACAGCCCGCCAAAGACAAACGGCCUAGACGACGGCAUGACCCCCCGGGGUCGCCCUGGCCCCUCGCCCGCGAGAUCACAACGCCCCAUGUCCUACCACCCAGACUCGUCCGGCAACACGACAAACCUCCUCAUGGACUUUACCGAACACCAGCGCCAUCCCGGCAAGUCGCCCGGGAAGAGAUUCACGACCGGCACCGGUUCUGCCGUCCCCGCCACUCCGGCGCGGCAGAUGGGCAACCUGCUCGACUUUGACAUUCCCCCGCUACCCACGCCGCGCAGCAUCCCGACCAUCACGCCGCGCGAGCUCGAGAGCCUCAAGUCGAGCUUCCUCUCGGAGAUCAGCAGCCUCAAAGCGUCCCUCAGCGGCAAGGAGGCGGAAGCCCUUGCCCUCAAGACGGCGGUCGGCGACGCCGAGAAGCGUGUCGGCGAGUGCAUGGAGAAGGUACGCGAGAUGUCGUCCGAAAAGGAGCACCUGACCGCCGAGAAGGAGGGCUGGGAGAAACGGAGCCGCGAGAUGGAGACGGUGCUGCGCAGCGUCAAGGAAGAGAUUGUCCGCAGCCAACGCGAGACGGAAGAGCUGGAAUACAAGCUGUCGGAGAGCGAGGCGCGCCGUGAGGCGGCUGAGAACAUGGCCCAGGAGGCCGAGAGCAAGCUCGCCGGCAUGCGCGCCGGCAGGGCGUCGGAGGACAGUGCCAGAUCCGACAAGAGCAGGAGCCCCGGCGCCAAGGACGCCUCGAAAGAGGUCGAAAUGGCCGUCGAGCGCGUGGCCCGUGAGCUGCACGCUCUGUACAAGAGCAAGCACGAGACCAAGGUGACGGCGCUGAAGAAGAGCUACGAGGGUCGCUGGGAGAAGAGGGUCCGCGACCUCGAGACCAGGCUCGAGGAUGUGAGCGAGGAGAACGAGCGCCUGCGCCUCGGACGGGAUGCGACCAUGACGCGCGUUGAUCCUGCCGAGCAGGCAGCCGAGGAGGAGCGCAAGGCGCAGGCAGUCCGUGACGCCGCGCAGAUCCGGCACCUCGGCGCCGAGGUCGACAAGCUCGAGGCCAUGAUGCACACGAUCCGCGACGACAAUGGCGAGCUGCGGACUCUGCUGGAGCAGGAGCGCGUCGAAAAGGGCGAGCUCGUGCAGCUGGCCGAGGAGAUGAUGUCGAUGCAGAGCUUCGUCGCCGCGGAGAAGCAAAAGACCCAGCCCAAACCUCAGGAGCCCGCCCCCCGGCCCGACCGCACGCCGGUGCGCACGCCUGCCAAGGCCAGGACGCCGGGGCCGGCCGUCAGGAUGCCGCAGCCCGACGGCUUCCGCAGCAGCGUCACGCGUGCGUCCGGUCUCAAGGCGCCCGGCAGCUCCAUCGUCAUGCCUGGCAGGAGCGCUGGCGCGGCGAACCACGAGCGGACAAGGAGUGGCACAGCAGGCCUGCCCAGACCAGGGAGUGGGUUCGGCGCACGCAGCGGUAUCAUGAGCUCGAUCGAAAAGAUGGGCAACUAUCGUGGACGCGCCGAGUAA